AUGUUCCAAGCCGUCAUUUGUCAGCUCCCUUCUAUCAUCGCCUCUAUCUGGAAAAGCCACUUAGUCUUAGUCUAUCAUCGCCUCUAUCUGGUAAAGCCUCUUAGUCUUAGUCUAUCAUCCUCUCUAUCUGUCUUAGUCUAUCAUCGCCUCUCUCUGGUAAAGCCUCUUAGUCUUAGUCUAUCAUCGCUCUCUCUGUCUAUCAUCGCCUCUCUGGUAAAGCCUCUUAGUCUUAGUCUAUCAUCGCCUCUAUCUGGUAAAAGCCUCUUGGUCUUAGUCUAUCAUCGCCUCUCUCUGGUAAAGCCUCUUUGUCUUAGUCUAUCAUCGCCUCUAUCUGUCUAUCAUCGCCUCUCUCUGGUAAAGCCUCUUAGUCUUGACUAUCAUCGCCUCUAUCUGGUAAAGCCUCUUAGUCUUAGUCUAUCAUCGCCUCUCUCUGACUAUCAUCGCCUCUAUCUGGUAAAGCCUCUUAGUCUUAGUCUAUCAUCGCCUCUAUCUGGUAAAGGAUCUCUUGGUCUUAGUCUAACAUCGCCUCUCUCUGACUAUCAUCGCCUCUUAGUCUUAGUCUAUCAUCGCCUCUCUCUGGUAAAGCCUCUUGGUCUUAGACUAACAUCGCCUCUCUCUGGUAAGCCUCUUGGUCUUGAUCUAUCAUCGCCUCUCUCUGUCUUAGUAAAUCCUUCUCUGCCUCUUGGUCUUAGUCUAUCAUCGCCUCUAUCUGUCUAUCAUCGCCUCUAUCUGGUAAAGCCUCUUUUGGUCUUAGUCUAUCGCCUCUCUCUGGGUGGCCCUCCAGGUCUUAGUCUAUCAUCCUCUAUCUGUCUAUCAUCCUCUAUCUCUCUGGUAAAAAGCCUCUUGGUCUUAGUCUAUCAUCGCCUCUCUCUUGGUAAAGCCUCUUGGUCUCUUAGUCUUAGUCUAUCGCCUCUCUCUGUCUAUCUAUCGCCUCUCUCUGGUAGAAGCCUCUUAGUCUUGAACUAUCAUCGCCUCUAUCUGGGUAAAACCUCUUGUCUUAGUCUCUCUCUAGUAAAGCCUCUUGGUCUUGGUCUAUCAUCGCCUCUAUCUGUCUAUCAUCGCCUCUCUCUAGUGCGAAGCCUCUUGGUCUUGGUCUAUCAUCGCCUCUCUCUGUCUUGGUCUAUCAUCGCUCUUGGUCUUAUCUAUCAUCGCCUCUAUCUGGUAAAGCCUCUUAGUCUUGGUCUAUCAUCGCCUCUCUCUGUAAAGACUCUUAGUCUUAGUCUAUCAUCGCCUCUAUCUGCCUCUUUGGUCUUAGUCUAUCAUCGCCUCUAUCUGGUAAAGACUCUUGAGUCUUGGUCUAUCAUCGCCUCUAUCUGUCUAACAUCGCCUCUCUCUGGUAAAGCCUCUUUGGUCUUGGUCUUGUCCUUGCCUCUCUCUGGUAAAGUCUAUCAUCAUCGCCUCUCUCUGGUAAAGACUCUUUUAGUCUUAGUCUAUCAUCGCCUAUCUAUCUGUCUUAGUCUAAAUCGCCUCUUCUCUGUCUUAGUCUAUCAUCGCCUCUCUCUGGUGAGCUCUUCAGUCUAUCAUCGCCUCUAUCUGGUAAAGACUCUUAGUCUUAGUCUAUCAUCGCCUCUAUCUGUAAAGCCUCUUUCUUGGACUAUCAUCCCCCGCCUCUAUCUGGUAAAGCCUCUUAGUCUUAGUCUAUCAUCGCCUCUAUCUGGUAAAGCCUCUCUUAGUCUAACAUCGCCUCUCUCUGGUCUAUCAUCGCCUCUAUCUGGUAAAGUUAGUCAGUCUAUCAUCGCCUCUAUCUGUCUAUCAUCGCCUUUCUCUGGUGAAGACUCUUGGUCUUCAGCUCAACAUCGCCUCUCUCUGGUAAAGCCUCUUGGUCUUAGUCUAUCAUCCGCCUCAUCUGUCUAUCUAUCAUCGCCUCUAUCUGGUAAAAAGCUCUUAGUCUUAAACAUCGCCUCUAUCUGUCUUAGUCUAUCAUCGCCUCUAUCUGGUAAAGCCUCUUGUCUUAGUCUAUCAUCGCCUCUAUCUGGUAAAGCCUCUUGUCUUAGUCUAACAUCGCCUCUCUCUGGUAAAGACUCUCUAUCUGGUCUUAGUCUUAUCAUCGCCUCUCUCUGUCUUAGUCUAAAAGCAUCGCCUCUAUCUGGUAAAUCAUCGCCUCUUAGUCUUAGUCUAACAUCGCCUCUAUCUGGUAAAGCUCUCUCUGGUCUUAGUCUAACAUCGCCUCUAUCUGUCUAUCAUCGCCUCUCUCUGGUAAAGCCUCUUGGUCUUAGUCUAUCAUCGCCUCUAUCUGUCUUGGUCUAUCAUCGCCUCUCUCUGGUAAAGCCUCUUAGUCUUAGUCUAUCAUCGCCUCUCUGGUCUAAAUCUCUUAGUCUUAGUCUAUCAUCGCUUGAUCUCUAUCUGGUAAAGCCUCUUAGUCUUAGUCUAUCAUCGCCUCUCUCUGUCUAUCAUCGCCUCUAUCUGGUAAAGCCUCUUGGUCUUAGUCUAUCAUCGCCUCUCUCUGUCUAUCAUCGCCUCUAUCUGGUAAAGCCUCUUAGUCUUAGUCUAACAUCGCCUCUCUAUCUGGUAAAACUAGUCUAUCAUCGCCUCUAUCUGGUAAAGCCUCUUAGUCUUAGUCAACAUCGCCUCUAUCUGGUAAAGCCUCUUAGUCUUAGUCUAUCAUCGCCUUUCUCUGGUAAAGACUCUUAG